GGGGUCGGGACCAGGGCCGGGCGCUCUGCUAGGCUCUCAUUAGCCGGCGGCGCGGGGAGGGGCCGGGUGACCUCACGCCGGCCCGGCCACCGCGGCCAUUAGACCCGGUCCAAUUGCUGGGGCUGCAGCGCUGCCUCCGAGACCGCGAGACAUCUACGCAGCGAAAUCGAGCCUGGCCUUGAGGGUCCACACCGCGAGGGAAGAUGCGUGCGCCCAUUCCAGAGCCUAAGCCUGGAGACCUGAUUGAGAUUUUUCGCCCUUUCUACAGACACUGGGCCAUCUAUGUUGGCGAUGGAUAUGUAGUUCAUCUGGCCCCUCCAAGUGAGGUUGCAGGAGCUGGUGCAGCCAGUGUCAUGUCCGCCCUGACUGACAAGGCCAUCGUGAAGAAGGAAUUGCUCUAUGAUGUGGCCGGGAGUGACAAGUACCAGGUCAACAACAAACACGAUGACAAGUACUCGCCGCUGCCCUGCAGCAAAAUCAUCCAGCGGGCGGAGGAGCUGGUGGGGCAGGAGGUGCUCUACAAGCUGACCAGUGAGAACUGCGAGCACUUUGUGAAUGAGCUGCGCUAUGGAGUUGCCCGCAGUGACCAGAUGGUGUCUCACUCUGUCACCCAGGCUGGAAUGCAGUGGUGCGAUCUCGGCUCACUGCAACCUCCGCCUCCCGGUUCAAGUGAUUCUCCUGCCUCAGCCUUCUGAGUAGCUGGGAUUACAGGUCAGAGAUGUCAUCAUUGCUGCAAGCGUUGCAGGAAUGGGCUUGGCAGCCAUGAGCCUUAUUGGAGUCAUGUUCUCAAGAAACAAGCGACAAAAGCAAUAACUGAAAAAGACUGUCCUGUCAGCGAUGACUUUAUACAUCAAGGGGGUCUUGUUUUGCUAGAGAGUUUGGGGUUUGGUUUGUGGAUUUCAUUGUGAUUUAUAAUAAGGCUUAUUUUCACAGAAUAAAAUAAAGCAAAACGA